AUGCAGCAGCCGCCGGAGCUGGGCGCGCGCUACCUGCCCGCCGAGGCCUUCGCGGAGCCGCGCGCGCACCGCUACCGCUCCUUCAUGAUCGAGGAGAUCCUCACGGAGCGCCCGGCCGCCAAGGGCGCCGCGCCGCACGGCGACCUGCUCAAGUUCGGCGUGCAGGCGCUGCUGGCCGCGCGGCCCUACCACAGCCACCUCGCGGUGCUGAAGGCGGAGCCGGCGGCCGUGUUCAAGCUGCCGCUGGCGCCGCUCGGCUGCCCGCCGCUGGGCUCGGCGCUGCUGGGCGCGGGCCCCGCGCUGCCCGCCGCGCCGCACGCGCUGCCGCUCGAGCUGCAGCUCCGCGGGAAGCUCGAGGCGGCCGCCGAGCCGGCCGCGCGCGCCAAGAAGGGGCGCCGCAGCCGCACCGUCUUCACCGAGCUGCAGCUCAUGGGGCUCGAGAAGCGCUUCGAGAAGCAGAAGUACCUCUCCACGCCCGACAGAAUAGACCUGGCCGAGUCGCUGGGGCUGAGUCAGCUGCAGGUGAAAACCUGGUACCAGAACAGGCGCAUGAAGUGGAAGAAAAUAGUGCUGCAGGGCGGCGGCCUGGAGUCCCCCACGAAGCCCAAGGGCCGCCCCAAGAAGAACUCCAUCCCCAGCAGCGAGCAGCUGUCGGAGCAGGAGCGAGCGCGGGACGCCGAGAAGCCACCCGAGAGCCUCGGCUCGCCCUGUGAGGUCGUCCAGGAGGAGUGA